AUUCCAACCAGGUGGCUGUGGCAGACAGGACAACUCUAAUUAGGCAGCUGUAACAAUUUCUUGUGGUUUUGUUUUCCCUAGUUUCUGCACACCAUAGAACAGUGAGGGAAGAAUAUGGAGACAAAGUAAAAAUGAGACCCUGGAGUCGCAGCCCUUUGCGCCAGCAGAGAGACAAGCUUGAGCAAGGAGAGAGCAGGAAACCAGUAAAAGAAGAGAAACCAGAAGAGAGGGAUCCUCUGUCAGACUUGCAGGACAUCAGUGACAGCGAGAGAAAAACCAGCUCAGCAGAGUCUUCCUCAGAAUCUGGAUCAGGCUCAGAAGAGGAGGAGGAAGAGUCCAGCAGUGAAGGCUCUGAGGAGGAGGGGGAGGAAGAGGAGGAGGAGGAGGAGACAGGCAGCAAUUCUGAGGAGGUGUCUGAGCAAUCAGCAGAGGAGGUGAGCGAGGAGGAAAUGAGCGAAGAGGAGGAACGGGAGAAUGGAAACCACAUCCCAGUUGUUCCAGAGUCGAGGUUUGGCUGGGAUUCUGCAGGGAGUGAGGUGGAGGUCAAUUUUCCAUUCUGGUGUCAAGAUUUCUUUUUCUCACCUGCUGCAUUAACACUGGAGUCAAAAUCAGAGAAUGAGACCCAGAAUGAGAAUCUUGGGUCACUUUUCUCUUCCAUUCUGGUGUGAAGAUU